GUUUGAGCAACCGGAUCCAGUAAAACAGCGAGCGAUGGAGAGAGAAGGAAGGUCUUCGUGGAUGAAAUAUGGGCCUGUUGUGUCCCUGUUUGUGGUUCUUUUGUCCUUCUGGUUCCGGUCACCCCAGAAUGAAGUACUGGGUGACCGCCUGGACACCGUCCUGUCCUCUCUUCUCCGGGCUGAAGGAAAAGUCGGGGUGAACAACGUGGCCCGACCUAAAGUUGCAGUGGGGUUUGGAGGCUGUGUGGACCUGAUAGUGGACGGGGUUUCGUUGCUGAAUAAGAUCGGCCUCGCUCACACAGACCAGCCCCUGCACCACGACCUCAUAGAAAAUGAAGUGCAGCUGGCUCAGAGCUUCGCCUACUUCUUUGCACCGGGAGCUGCCGCAGAGCGUUUUGUGCUAAAUGACACCUUCUUCAGCGAGCUGGUGGAAGCGUCUCGUGACCUACCCGGCAACAGAUGGGCAAUAGGCGGCAAUGCCCCGGUGAUGGCUGGCCGCAUGGCAGCCGAGGGAUGUGAUUUAUUGCUAGGAGGGAGUUUCAGCCCCGAAUUCAUUGAUGUCCUGUCUGAACACAUUACAGUGGCAGGGAACAUAGUUGAGGAGCCAGACAUUCAUCUGAUCCUGGAGUAUCCGUCUGGUGCUAGCUGGGGUCAAUACACGUCGCGUAGAGCCAACAGAUAUAUCGUCCACAGCGAUGACCAUAACCCCUACUUGGACUCCAUGGCUGCUUUUGCAGAGAAACUCAAAGGCUUUGACCCAGAUCUGCUGGUGGUGGGUGGGCUGCAAAUGAUGGAUAACUUCCCCUUCCAGUCAGGUGAGCGCGAGGCUCUCCUCUCCCGCCUCGCCGACCUCCUCUCCUCCUCCUCUCCUACGAUUGGAGUCCAUUUUGAGAUGGCCAGUUUUGUAGAAGAGGGUAUAAUGGAGGAACUUUUUCACUACGUCAUUCCCCAUGCCGACUCUUUAGGCAUGAAUGAACAGGAGCUCCCCAACCUGCUCAGCCUGCUGAAAGGCUCCAACAUCACGGUGUUGUCAGACCCUAACCCUCGUGUAGCCACCGUCCUCGACCAGAUGAGGGAGGUGUACCGCCUCGUGAACCUCCGCUCAAAGGAAGACAGCGACACGAGCAGCGCCAAAGCGAAGCCGCUGACUCGGCUCCACGUCCACACGCUCGCCUUUCAGGCCAUGAUCGUGACCCACGGCUCCAAGUGGAAGAACACCAUGUCGGCCACCGCCAAGGCGUCUCUCACGGCUAACCGCCACGUCUGCGGCUCCGAUGACAUCGACCCCAGCAAGGCCCGGCUCAUCAUGGACGACUCGUUCUCUGUGAGCCAGCGGGAGGGCAGCGUGCGGAUCCCUCUGCAGGAGAGCCGGCCCGUCAGCUGCUGGGACGAGGACGACUACGAGAUCUGCGUGGCGCCGGUGCUCGUGUGCACCGAGGUUUACCAAACUGCAGGAGGAGGAGACAACAUCUCAGCCGCCGGCCUGGUGCUGCAGAUCUAGAGAAGGACACCGUGUGCUUUAUCUGUGUGUAGUGCUCUGUGAGCCUGGACACUUGAUCUAGGUGUGAUACAAAGUACCCAGCGAACAUGGGUACUGAUUGUAAAAUGUUUCAGGCUAAUGCUGUCGCCCUGGCAGCUCCUGGUGGACCAAUAGGAAAAGUGAAUAUCAGUUAAAGAAGUCACAUGAUGGGUUCAGUGGUUAUUACUCAGGUAUGAUCACCUGAUUUCAAAUGUAUGAGCCUGGUUGUUAGGGGGAUGCAGAUAAAAACAGGUGAAGUCAAACAUUACAGUUUAGUAAAUUGACUGAUCCAAACCAGACUAUCUGCAGUUAAUUCUCAGUUAGGUGUGUGUGAGUUUACAUUAGGUUGGAGGGCACUAUCGCUAGUUUCGUGUUUCUUUUAUUAACGUUGGGUACAUAUAUUAAUAUUUGUACACUGUCUUUGCCUGAGUGCAAAGCCCUUUGGCAUCCAGAUUAUUUGUUACAACUAAAACUUUAAAAGUCACACUGCCCUGCUUUGUCCUUUUUAUAAUGCAGCACAUCCAACGUCAUCGCUGCCCAUCAUCUGACUCCUGUCCUACUCUACUUCCCAAAGGCCUUACAAAACUAGAACUUCAGUCUGGAUGAGAUAAGGAGUGAUGAGGUUUUGGUUCAGUCCAUAAAAAAACAAGUUUUGUUUAGGAUUGGAGCUGAGAAAGCUACAAACUUAAACUUAGCUCUUUUUCUUGUGUUAUUGAAACGUGUGACUUCACUAUGCAACAGACUUAUCCAGAGUUGGGUAAAUCUCCUGUUUCUUGAAGGCACUUUUUUCAGAUGUCUCCUCCUUAAAAUCUAUAUUUCCAACCUGUAAACGGGGCUUUGACUGCCCCUGCCUUGCAGCAUACGCAGUUUCAAAAUAAGGCUGAAAAGUGAGCUUCCUUUUCUAAAGGGGAAUGUCGUGAAAAACACUAUCAGUGCAUUUGGGUAUCUUGAGUUUUGAGAGUUUUUGUGUCCUUCCUACAUCAGAACACAAAGACUCAACAAGCCCUUUAUAUGUGGCUCCACUCCUUACACUGAAACAGGCUCAUUAGAAUAAACCUGCCCUAAUGUAUACCAUAACGCAUGUAAAGAUGCUCUAUUGGAAACGUAAAGUCCAAGUGUGAAACUCGGCUUAAUAUGUCCCCUUCAAAGGUCACAUCCCAACCCUUUUAAUGAGAGCCUCCUCCCUCUCCUAUCUUAGGAUUUGAAAUAAGAAAGCUAGAGAGGUGAUCACCUCCUGUUCUUCCCAAUAUAUGUGAAUACUCGUGUGGGUGUGUUUGAUUUGUUGUUGAUUGUGAUUCUUAUGUUGCAGUACUAAUGCAAAAACUAGACUACUUUUGGUAGCUGGAUAUGAUGUCAAAGACCUCCUUUCUACCUCCAUGCUAUUUAUGUUUCUCCACUUUGACAAACUUUUCUAUCUUUAAUUUAUCUUCUUGUGUUUAUUUAUGUUUUUAAGGACCAAAUAAUCAGUGUGGACUAUCCCUGAUAACAUUACUGCUAAAGAGGCAGCACUGGUAGACACUUCUCAUGUUCUCAUAUUAUAAUGCUGCAUACAGUGACACAGUCUCCUCUCUAGUGGUUGUCGUUUUUUAUCGUAAAGUCGAUCUCAAGCUAUAGUGUAACUCACCAUUAAUCCCCUUUAUCCCCAUUGGUCUAAAUAGAAGUGGCCCCUGUCUCUAAUUGGCCUGAAACGUACACAGAGUAGAAAUCCCUUUCCUUUGAAACCAUAUCUGACUGAAAUGGGAAUAACUGUUCACACUGUAUCCAUAUAAAACAUUCCUCCACAGACCAAGCUUCAAUAAGUAUCUUCACAAGUGGAAUAUUUUCUUUCCAACAUGCUCCCCUUUUCACUGAGGAACACGCAUAUUCAUGUUGCAGUGCAACGAUUAGGAGCUAAAGAAACCAGUCCACGUGUUUCCUCUGUAUGUCAGCACUGUACUCGUGAAUGCUGUUUUAUUUAUGCUAAACGGUAAAUCAGCCUUAUUCUGUUUGACUUUUGGUGUUUAGUGAUAAGGGAAUGUGUAAUACGGACUGUUUCUAUACCGGCAUGCUUAUGUUUCAUUUCCUUUGUCUUAUGUUUCAUUUCCUUUGUCUUAUGUUUCAUUUCCUUUGUCUUGAUUGGUUUGAAGAUGAGUAAUGGGUCACGUUUUUACUGUGAAAUGAAUUUCUUUGAAGCAGAACUUCAGCAUGUAUUCAUGUUCAGAUAAACUGCUUGUGUUUGCUAACAUAUCAUAUCUUAGCUUUAGAUGCGUCCUGUCAUCCAAAGCUGUGUGUAAAGUUUUAAUGCAUGUUAACUAUUCAAUGCAGAACCACUUAAGAUAAAACGCUGAUAAAGCA